UUACCGAACAUAUUUCGGUUGCAAGAAGAUAUUUCUCUCGUUGUUUGCCGGUCCAACUGUUGUCCACACCCACACCAAUCAGCUGCCACCACUGUCCCUUUUCUUCCCAGAUUAUUGGAGUGAAGUCCCACCUUCUGUGUGUGUAUGUGUGUGAAGUUUGAUGAGUUUCCACCGUCUGAUCUCCUUAUCACCCCAUCAAUCAAGAAUUUGCAGAAAUCCAAGUCUAACAUGGCAGGGCCUUCAUCAACAAGAGAUCAAUUUCUUGAAAUCCAGUGCCCGGUUUGGCUGUGGCUUCAGCUACCCUCAACUGGAAUACCGAAAGCGAUCACACAUUUGGAAAUUUGCAAAGGUGAAAAACAAGAAAUUUGUGAUAACUAAUUUGGGGCACGAUCCUGUGAAAAUUAGCAGGAAAAAGGGUAGUAUUGCUGGUGCAGUUGCUCUAAUUAUUGGGACAAGCAUUGGCACAGGGAUUCUCGCUCUUCCAAAGAAGACUUUCCCUGCAGGGCUAGUUCCAAGUUCAAUAACAAUGACUUUGUGUUGGGCAUUUCUGUUGAUAGAAGCCCUCUUGCUAGUCGAGAUCAAUGUUGUUUUGCAAAGGAAGAAGAAGGUGAAAGCAGAGAGCGACGAGCUAGAGGUGAUGUCUAUCCGAACCAUGGCUCAAGAGACUCUAGGUGAAUGGGGUGGAGCUCUAGCCACUUUGAUCUAUGUGUUCUUAGGCUACACUUCUGUGGUGGCUUAUUGUUCAAAAUCGGGUGAGAUCCUUCAUCAUCUAACCGAUUUCCCAGGCUCGUUUUGUGGAUUCCUCUUCACUUUCUUGUUCACCAUUCUCAUCUGUGUGGGAGGCACUCGAGCCACGGAUCAAGUGAACCAGUGGCUCACCACAUCCAUGAUAGGUCUUCUUGUGGCAAUAGAGGUUUUUGCUGUUCUGUUUGGAGGGUGGUCCGGGUUUGAGGCCGGGGGCGGAGAUUGGGGGAAAGUUCCGGCCACUCUUCCGGUUAUGGUGUUUGCUUUGGUUUAUCAUGACCUAGCUCCGGUUCUAUGUGCUUAUCUUGAAGGUGAUCUUGCACGUAUCCGUGCUUCAGUCGUUCUAGGCAGUUUGGUGCCGUUGCUGACAUUGCUCGUUUGGGAUGCUAUCGCGCUAGGCCUCUCCAACGGGGCAGACCGAGUGUCCGAUCCCGUUGAAUUGCUUCUCAGUGUUGGAUGGGAUGGAAUUCCAUUUAUGGUGGAGGCGUUUGCGCUUCUGGCUGUCGGAACUUCCCUAAUUGGCACCCUUCUGAGCUUCUCGGAGUUCUUCAAAGAACAGCUCAACAAUCUGGCCUUGGAUUUUCGUCCAACACAACUUGAAGAGGAGUCCAACUCCAUCAAUGGCUGGUGGGAGAAGAACAAAACGAGCAUCACCGCGACAGCAAUGGUGGUUGCGCCUUCACUUCUCGUCUCAAAUGCACUCCCAGAUGCAUUUUCCACCGCCACAGAUUUCGCUGGAGGGUACUGCAUGACGAUGUUGUACGGAGUUCUGCCUCCGGCGAUGGCGUGGGCGAUGAAGCAGAAAAAACAAGCAGUGGAGAUUGAGCAAACAGCAUUGUCAAGAUCAUAUCCUGCCAUUUUUGGUGUGGGGUUGUUUUCUUGUGGGAUUGUGUUGCAACAGAUCCUUCAAGAUUUCUCAUUUUUGCAGCCUUGAUUGCUACAAGAUAUCUCCAUUUUUUUUUUGAGAUAUCUCAACUUAUGAAGGUGAUGUGAAUAUAUGAUAUGUAGGGAGUUGGGUAGGCACUAACUAGGGAGUUGGAAUUUGCGUAAAUACAUAAGUUGAUAUUUUUCCGAAAUGGAGCAUGUAAUAAUUCAGAAACCAACUCGAGCAUUGUAGAUUAGUUGUAGCCUUUUGAUUUCUUUCUUUCUUAUGAAAACAGGAAUUCCAUAAA